CUCAAUUUUCAACAGGCCCUCGACCCCUCCAUCUCCUCACGUCUCUGGUCUCAUGCUCGACUGACGAGUCACAAGUUGAGUUUUUCUCUCCGCGGGGCGUUUCUGUUUCUUCCCUCGGAGUCUCACUGCAGAUCACACGCGUCCAUGUUCGGCUCCAUCUCACACAAACAUGCAGAACCAUCACCUGAAGGAACACCUGUAUAAAAUCCUGGUGAUCGGGGAUCUGGGUGUGGGGAAAACCAGCAUCAUCAAGCGUUACGUGCACAAGAACUUCUCACCAAACUACCGCGCGACGAUCGGCGUGGAUUUCGCGCUCAAAGUUCUGAAUCUCGAGCAGGAGACCGUCCGACUGCAGCUCUGGGACAUCGCCGGCCAGGAGCGUUUUGGGAACAUGACGCGGGUGUAUUAUCGAGAGGCCAUGGGAGCCUUCAUCGUUUUUGACGUCACACGGCCGUCGACUUUCGAGGCGGUGACAAAAUGGAAGGAGGAUCUCGACGCCAAGCUGAGUUUAUCCAACGGCAAACACGUGGCGGCUGUGUUGCUCGCCAACAAGUGCGAUCAGGGCAGAGAUGUUCUCACCAACAAUGGCAUCAAGAUGGAGCAGUUCUGCCAGGAGAACGGCUUCGUGGGAUGGUUUGAAACUUCAGCCAAGGAGAAUAUUAAUAUAGAUGAGGCAGCACACUGUCUGGUGAAGCACAUUAUAGCUAAUGAGAAUGAUCUGCUGCAGUCAGAGGUUGCAGAAACCAUCUCGCCGCAGCAGGAGUCCAGCCGCGGAGGAACCUGUUCGGCGUGUUUUAGGUCCUGAAGUCGCUCCGCUUCAUCCCACAUGGAUCUACAGCCAGAUCGAGAUCUGAGGUCCCAGAGGAACGCUUCUCCAUUCAACCUCAUUCCCAUCUCGUUUCUUUCAUGUCUUUUCCCAUUCUCGCCUCAUAUCGUUCUUCUCUUCUCAUCUCGUUCGUGUCUCCUCUCGUUUAUUUGUGUCCGCACCAGAGAGGCGACCCUGCCACCAUGUCUCGGUUUCCAUGGUAACAGACUUAUCGAACACUCUGCAGGGCAGAAAAUGUUUUAAGAGAAAGAGACAGCAGUGAGAAUUCGUCCGCAGAACUUCACGAGAAGUUCCUGCUGAAUCAUCAGGAUGCGAAACUCCAAAGACCAAUUCUGCAUUUUUACCAUCCAUUCAGUGAGGCUAUUUGAUGCUAUUAACGUUUUACUGCCGUUAAUUCAUAUUUUUAUUGGCCAACAGAAAUCUGCUUAAUAAGCAAAACCAAUAAAUUAAAAACGUUUUAUUUUUGCCCACUGAGCAGAGUGAAACUUAAUAUUUUCAAUAUUUUUUCAAGGCAGCCAAAGUCAUGCUACUAAUGAAUUAUGAACACUAGCCUUAAAAAUAUUCAUGAAUUUCAAUAUUUCUGGUGUGCGGAACACAUGCGGAACACAGAUGUUUCUAAAAUGUUCUCAUUUAGAAUGUUAGUCAUUUGUUUGAAACACUACAGUGCCAUCACCGGCAACAUUUGCUCUUUUUAUUAAUCAAAAAUGAUGUCAUGUAAAUACCCCUGUACCUACCCAGUAUACAGUAAAACAGUUCAGAGUUAAAGUAUUAAUAAACAUAAUCUUUACUUAAA